UGAUGGCGCGAUGCAUCAUGGGAAUGACCUCAUGGAGCACUGCAUCCUGGGAGUUGUAGUCUAGGGCGGGGGAAGACCUCCGCUUUUGAUUUAAAAGCUAAGGACAGCCAUUUUGGUUCGGUUGUGUGUCUUCUAAUUACGGCGUCCCCUACUCCCUCCCCCAGUCCUCUACCCAGCGCCCGCCCAGGUUAUUAAAGUUUGAAAAAGCACUCACUGCGUUGCGCUAUGGACAGCACAAAGAAAAUUGUUAACACGUCUGAUGAUGAUGGAUUUCUGCUUAGAAUGGGCCUCAAUGAUAACAAGGCUGGAAUGCAAGGACUGGAUAAAGAGAAAAUCAAUAAAAUCAUAAUGGAGGCCACCAAGGGUUCUAGAUUUUAUGAAAAUGAGCUUAAGAAAGAUCAACAAGUUAACCAACGAAUUGAAAAAAUGAUGCAGCUAAAAGAUAAAAUUACCAGCCAACAGCUUCUGAAAGCACAACUACAGGCUGACAAACUUGCGCUGGAGCUAGAGCAGAGCCGUGAUCUCAGCUGUACUAUUGUACACAUUGACAUGGAUGCCUUUUAUGCAGCAGUAGAAAUGAGAGACAACCCAGAGCUGAAGGAAAAACCCAUAGCAGUGGGAUCGAUGAGUAUGCUGUCCACUUCAAAUUAUCAUGCAAGGAGAUUUGGGGUACGUGCAGCCAUGCCUGGAUUUAUUGCUAAGAAACUAUGCCCACAUCUUACUAUAGUGCCAUUAAACUUCAAAAAGUAUGAAGAAGUGAGUAAAGAGGUUAGAGAAAUACUGGCUGAAUAUGAUCCUAGUUUUAUGCCCAUUGGCCUAGAUGAAGCCUACUUGAACAUAACGGAGUUCUUAGAGGAAAGACAGAACUGGCCUGAAGAUAAAAGAAGUUACUUCAUCAAAAGAGAGAACAUUGCAAAAAAUGGUAAGCAAGAUGUAACUGCACCUGAUGAACUAAAGUUGAAUGAAGAUGCACACUCAUCCUCACCAAUAUUGUUUGAAGAUAAUACUUCUAUAACAGAGGAACAGCCUGUUGCUACUUCCCACCUGUACACUGAAGAACAGAGAGAUCAAGAACUGUUGCUAAAUUCAGUGGUCUUUGGAACUUCAGCUGAAGAAGUUGUGAAGGAAAUUCGCUUUCGAAUUGAACAAAAAACUGGAUUGACUGCCAGUGCAGGAAUUGCUCCAAAUAUGAUGUUAGCAAAAAUGUGCAGUGAUCAGAAUAAACCUAAUGGACAGUACAGAAUCUCCCCUGAUAGGCAAUCUGUAAUGGACUUCAUCAAAGAUUUGCCCAUUAGAAAGGUGCCUGGUAUAGGAAAAGUAACAGAGAAAAUGUUAAAAGCUCUUGGAAUUCUGACCUGCACUGAACUUUACCAGCAGAGGGCACUGCUUUCUCUUCUUUUUUCAGAAACAUCUUGGCAUAAUUUCUUGGAUGUCUCACUUGGUUUGGGUUCAACAGAUUUGGAAAAGUAUGGAGAAAGAAAAAGUAUGAGCACUGAAAGGACAUUCAGUGAAAUUAACACAGCAGAAGAACAGUACAGCUUGUGUCAAGAACUUUGCAGAGAUCUUGCUCAGGAUCUGCAGAAAGAAGGACUUAAGGGUAAAACCGUUACCCUGAAACUGAAGAAUGUGAAUUUUGAAGUAAAAACAAGAGCUUCCACAGUGCUCGCUGCUGUUUCUAGUGAAGAAGAAAUAUUUGCUGUUGCUAAAGAUAUGCUAAGGACAGAAAUUGACGGUGUUGCCUCUCACCCUUUGCGGCUAAGACUUAUGGGUAAAAUAUUUAUAACUUUUUUGUUUUCCUUUUUAGGGCAAGAUCCCCAAGUUCCCCAGAUCAGGCAUGCUGCACUCCUGGGAACAGGCAUACGAGUAUCAGGGUUUCUAAAUGAAGAAGAAAAGAAAUACCAACAGAGGAGCAUUAUCAAUUUCUUAAAGCCAGGAAAGCAAGCAAAUGCUUCUCUGCUUCAGCCAGGGAAAUCCAGCCAUGAACAUUUUACCAAAGCUUCAGAAACAUCUCACAGAGAGAGUUUUUUUGAUAAAAAGCGAGCUGCAAGGCAACAAAGCAACCAGGAACUUCUUAUAAACAAACCUGCAAACAAGCAGAACUCACAUGAUAUAAAGUCAUCAGUAAAUCCUGUGGACGAAACAAAUAACGCCAUAGGCUCAGCGAAUUUGAAUGACUGUCGUAGCCUCACUUGCCCUGUUUGCUUUGAGGAGCAAAGAGACAGCGAUUUAGAGGCACUUAACAGACAUAUUGACAAGUGCCUCAAUGGGACAUUGGUAAAAGAUAAUGCAGAAAUAUCAACGAGUGAGAAUUCAUGGGAGAAUGCACAUCAUUUUUCUCUGGACAGUAAAAAGAAAACAUUUGAAAUGUGUCAAAAAAAUAAAAUGAACAAAUCAGUGGCUACAGCACAAUCAACACAAGUAGCUGACAACUCUACUAGCAGUAGCACAGAAGCAUUCCCUAAAGUAGUAGCUAACACUAGCAAGGAAAGAGAGCAUAGUCUGCUUAGUGAAACGGCUAGCAACAUGUACUUAGAACAGAAUUUUUCUUCCAAAAUCAUUUCAUUGGAAAAUGCAGAACGCUUUGAAAAGUCUGAAUGUACACAAGAAACUCAGCCUUCCUACUCCUCUGGAGCCAUCAGAGACAAUGUUCUGGUUUGUCCAAUUUGUAACGUGGAACAAAAAACAACUGACCUUUCAUUGUUCAACAGGCAUGUGGAUGUUUGCUUAAACAAAGGAAUUAUCCAGGAGUUGACAGAGCAAAUAGUUUGUCCAGUUAAGAGUCAAAUUACGGAAAAUUCAAAGUCAGUUGUGUUACCACAUGAGAGAGAAUUUCAGCAUGCUGCUAAAAUGAACAAUUUGGAAACCAUGGAGAAGUUACUUAGGAAGAAUGUUAACAUUAAUGCUGUAAAUACACUGCAGCGCACAGCUCUCCAUUUUGCUGUUGCAGGAAAUCAUAUAUCUACUGUGGAUUUUCUUCUCCAUCACAAAGCUAGAGUGGAUGUUGCAGAUAAGCACGGAUUGAUGGCGAUUCAUCUUGCAGCUUGGUCUGGAAACCUAGACAUAAUGCGAAUGUUAGUUAAAGCAGGUGCUGACCAAAAGGCUACGGACCAGGAGGGAAUGAAUGUCCUGCACUUUGCAGCUCUGAACAAUAACGUUGACAUAGUGGAUUAUCUUCUCCAGGAACUUCAGCUGAAGGACCUAAACAAGCCAGAUGAGAAAGGUAAAAGGGCAUUUCUUCUGGCAGCUGAAAAAGGCCAUGUUGAAAUGAUAUGCAAUCUGAUUUCUCUCAAGCUGUUCACCUCUGAAAAAGACAAGGAGGGAAACACAGCAGUGCAUCUAGCUGCUAAAAAUGGUCACUGUGAGGUGCUGGAAGUUCUGUUAAAUCAAUGGGAAGAAAUAAAUGAACUCAAUCAGAAUGGAGAAACACCAUUUUAUUUGACUGUUGAAGGAGGUCAUGAAAAGUGUGCUGAGCUGUUACUGGAAGCAGGAAGUGACAUCAACAUUUCAAAUAAACACAAUAGUAAUGCUUUGCACAUUUCAACGCAGAAUGGACAUACAUCCUUGGUCACGUUUCUUAUCAGUAAAAAUAUCGAUCUGGUUCCUAAACCUGAGCAGAAUUCCCCUCUCCAUUUGGCUGUCCUCAAUAAUCACCUUCCUAUAGUAAUUAGCUUCUUGGAUGCUAAUUAUGACAUAAACGCCUUGAAUCAGAAGCAACAAACCCCUCUCCACCUGGCAGCUGAUCUUGGCAAUGUGGAACUAGUGGAACUGCUGCUAAAGGCAGGCUGUGAUCUCAAGAUUGCUGACAAGCAAGGAAAAACUGCGCUGGCUGUCGCAUCCAGGAGCAACCAUGCCCUCAUUGUUGAUAUGAUUAUUAAAGCAGAAAGGCAUUACAGCUUGAAACAGGAACAUCUAGAAAACCAAGUUGAUGCACCAGAUUUUAUCCUAUCCUUCAAACAGGAUCACAGUGCACAGACUAAGCAAAUCCGUUCCUGCCUCUGGAAUCUGGCUUACAAUCAGUUAAAACCCCAAGAAUGGAAAAAGCUGGCCCUGUUCUGGAAGUUUACAGAGGAGCAAAUUAAAGCUAUUGAAGAACAGUGGACAGGAAAAAAAAGCUAUAAAGAACAUGGACACCGAAUGUUGCUCAUCUGGUUACAUGGUAUAUUGCUGGCUCACCAGAAUCCAGUCAAACAUAUAUAUGAAGAUCUGGUGCAUGUAGGAUUUCAACAAGUAGCUGAGAAAAUCAGAGCUGAAACGAGCACGGAGAUGGAUUCGAGGAAAUGUGCAGUUUCAUGAACUUUAACAGAAGCUGUCAUAGGCUAUGGACUAUGUUCCAGAUGGAAAGUCAUUUGUAAAUACUCUUUCUAGAAAAGAUCUUACAAUAGAACCUCAGAGUUACAAACACAAACAAA